AUGGUUGGUUUGGAAGCGGUAAACGGUGCUGAGCUGUUCCUGCAGCAUGUGUUGUCAUGUGACGUUGUGGAGAAACUCGCUGCCAAUGAGGACAGCUGCCAGGAGGAGACGGUUGAGAUGACUGUCAACAUGGACCGGGAACAGGGGGUUGUUGUACGAGUGGCAUGA